GACACCCGUGUCGCGUAGGUGGCUCCCGGGAGCCCGUUUCCGAACGUACCGGAAUACGUUCGCGCGCUUUUCAAAAAUAGAAAAUGUUCGAGGCGUAGGCAAAAAAAUUUCUUUUUUAAAAUUAUUAACACACUUUUUUAAUUAUGGGGGAGCAAGCUUUUACUAUUUCUGAUGACAACAUCGAACAUCAUAUAGUGACAUUGUUCGAAAAAUUGGAGUGUUUACGGAAAGAUGGGCAUAGUGAGUCUGCUCUACCGGGUCGUGUGCCUGCCAGACUGGAAGUGCGGACCCUGUCGUUGUGGAAGGCCGUGGUGGCUGAGUGUGCCGCGUCGUUUCUGUACGUUUUCAUAGUGUGUGGGGCCGCCAGCGGCGCCGGAGUUGGGGCUUCCGCUUCAGCUGUGCUGCUGGCGACGGCGCUCGCUUCCGGCUGUGCCAUCGCUACGCUGACUCUAUGCUUCGUCAACAUUUCGGGCGCCCACGUCAACCCAGCAGUGACAGUGUCUCUCUGCGUGCGCCGGCGCGUGUCACCACUCCGCUCCGCUCUCUACAUCGCCGCGCAGUGCGGAGGAGCCAUCGCAGGCGCAGCCGCUAUUUACGGCGUUAGCGUGCCCGGCUACGCAGGGAGCCUCUCAGCGUCGCUGCCCGGCGGCGGGGCGGCGGCCUGGGAGCGGCUGGGGGCUGAAGUGGUGCUCUCCGGGCUGGUGUGCGCGGCGUACUUCGCAGCCAUGGAGCGCCGGUGGUCAGGCACCGCCCCCGCCAUGCUGGGAGUCGCCUACUGCGCGGCCAGUUUCGUUUCUAUGCCAUCCCUGAACCCUGCUCGGUCUCUCGGACCCUCGUUCGUCCUCUCCCGCUGGGACAGCCACUGGGUUUGCUGGGUGGGAGGCCUGGGCGGCGGAGUAGCCUGCGCGCUUCUCCACGAGUGGGGCACCCGUCGACCUCGAACCCACUCCAACUCCCGCGCGUCUUCGCCCCGAGAUCUAGACGAGCUGGACAAGCCAACGUUCCCGACUUCGCACCACCACUACCGGCACGCUCCCACGUACUGCGCGGCCUCAGCUCCUCGGCCAGACACCACGGAGCCCCUGUACUCGGGCACCAAGUCGCUGUACUGCCGCUCGCCGCCGCCGGCCAGGCACACGCUGCACAGGUCAGCUGAAGGAUCGACUUGUUGCACGUCCCAAUCAGUGUACAGCAAGAGUAGCGGCGCGGGCGCAGGCGGGCCGCUGGUGGCGGCUCAGUCGUUGCUGCUGCGACCUCCGCAACAUGCGCACACGCACGCACACCCGCAGCACGCACUCACACACAACCAGAACGCACACAACGCUCAGAGAGAGCCAACGUACGGGGCGGCUGUCAAUGGCAUCAGGCCGGGACCUGCUGGCGCAGCAGUAACCGAGCGCCGCGAGUCCGUGUACAGCGCGAGCGCCAGCGCCGCCAGCAGCAGCGCGGCGCGGCGCGGCGCCCUGCCCUCCGACGACAGCGCCUACGGCAGCGGCACCUACGCCCGCGCACCGUACAGGCCCGACCACUACUAGCGACGACCCUCGCAACACAAUAUUGCGUUGCUUUUUGACGUUUAAACGCGAUUUGUGUUGUGAAAUGUACACGUGCGCACGCACGGAAUAUUAUUGGACUACAAGGCGAUCCUGUCGGUCUUAAACAUCGUGAGAUUGAGCGACUCUAUGACAUUUUAACGAGAUUUGUGUUGUGAAGUGACUUCGAGUUCGAGUUCGGACGGUUGCGUAGGUCACUAGUUAGUUACUAGUAAGUAUUAUUUUUAUUGAACUAUUUUUUUUUUAAUUCCUUUACCUAUGUAUGCUUAUUUUUUUUUAUUAUUUGUUUUAUUUUUAUUUAGAAAGGUUCCAAUAUUCUUCGUAUAAUAUUUUUUUUAAUUCAAGAUAUUUUUUGUUUUGUUUUAUAAUUUUCAUUUUGCUCUUUCUUAAUUGAUUUGCCAUAAUUAAUUUUAGUGCCAUACUUUUAUGUCUUCAUAGAUAAGAUACACAGUUACUAAGACGAUAACGAACCAAAUAUUACUGACUAUAUCCUUAAUUAUUACUAGAUUAAGUUAAAUCUAAUGAUGUGUUUUAUUUAAGGCAGGUAAAUACAUAAGGCUUCCAACGAAAAGCAUAAUCUUUUGAAACUAAUAUCUUGUAUCAUAGAAAGAUAAGGUAUAAUACCAGGUAUAUAAGUUGAACCGUAAUUGAUCUUCGCAGGUGCACUAGCCAUACUUUCACCAUUCCAGUGAACAUGUGGAAAUUUAAAACAGGUCAACUUACGUGCCGGCAAAAUUCCGUGUGUAUGCACUUAACCAUGUUUCAAUAUUAGUUUGGAUUCCAAUAAGCAACUCCCAUCUGACGUGCCACAAUCUUGCAGGGGAAGGGUUGCGCAAGUCUGACAGGAUACACUUCGUUGUAAAACCCGAUUAUCGAAUCCAAGAUCAUGGUCAGGGGCGGAUUCCGUCUCCGCAGAGUUGAGGACAUAACCGGUAAUAACGUAAGUUGGAUAAUAAUCUUAAUAAUUUUUUUUUAAAUACCUCUGCAAAUUAAAAUUACGCUAAGUAGGAAAACUUACUUUUGAGUAAUCGAUACGAAUGUUAAAUUUUAUAUCAAUGUUGCCAUUUAAAAAAAAGUUAAAGAUUACUGUUGGUAGUGAAAUAUCCUUUAAUAGAUAAAUAAUUUAAACUCUCGAAAGACUUACUAGUAUAAGAAUAAAAUGUAAAUAUAAAAUAGUAUAAGAAAAAAAACUUUGAUCUGUAUUUUCCAAUUUCACUUAUCAUAAGAUAAAUUUAAACUUUCAAAUUGAUGAUAUCAUUAUUUAUCAUGUGGCCCUAGUUUUAGAAAAAAUGGAGGUGCCAUCAUGGUAUGUACUUUAUAAUGUAAAUCCAUGAUUUGAAAAUUCAAGACAUUGGUCGUUCAUACAAAAUGCAUCUAGACAAAUACAAUUCUGUAUGAAGAAUACCAGUAAAGAUACCUACAUAUACUAAAUCAAAAAAUGAUAAAUUGUUAAAACUCACUUAUUUAUAAGAAAGUAGCUAGAAUCUUUGGUACACACUUAGUUGAAUAAAUUUUAUAAACCUUAAAUUGGAUUAUUGCCCAAAUAUAUGUAUAUUUUUUUAAUUGAUUAAAUUCAAUAUUUUCCCCAGCAAAUUUGUUCAUUGUUAACACAUCAUAAAAAUGAGUUCAGUUGCGUAGUCAAAAUACUAAUUAUUUUUCCAGUGAAAUAUGUAAUUCAUUCUAAUACUUAUUAUUAAGUAAUAAAUGUUAC